AUGAAGUCUGCUAACGCCACCACGGUUUUGCUGCUCUGUGCUACCGCCACCGUCGCCUUGGCAUUCACCGACGGUACGCUCUCCAUUCUCCGAGCUCCCCUCAACUCCGGCGCGCCUAUUCGGAUGGUUUCCCCUGUAUCCUUGUCUCUUCUCGAUAUACCCUGUUUGGGAGGGAACCCCGGUAGGUGGUCUAGACUCCCGCCGAGCUUUCGAUCAAAAUGGAACAGUUGGAUACCGACUGAAAUAUUCACCCCCCACCCCCGGUGGCCUCGAAGAUUUCCAACUGGGUCUCUCUCUCCUCGUGCUGUUCGGCUGGCCCUCACUCUGGCGACUCGCUUCGCUCUGCUCCUCGUUUUCGACGCUUUCGACCCAAUGCCUUUAUCAUUCAUUCUCGUGUUCAAAAGCUUCCGGUGGCCCAUGCCCCCGUCGUCGGCGUUUGGAUAGAUCUGCCUCCCCAUUAAAAUGUGCAUUAAUGCGAGAUCCCGUCUGUGGGCUGAGACUGCCGAGAAGACCGGCUGCGCAUUGCAGACGGAGAUCGAGGAGCCCCCAAAGGUAGAGAAAGAGAGGGACAAUAUUUUUCAAGGCGAAGCCUCCUUUUUCUCGGUUCCUUGAAUGCGCGCUCGCGCGUCUCGCCGGCUGCCGGCUGCCGACAUACCGCACUCUUCUGCGACAUUAUUGAUAUAAUCUGGAAACUCAGACAGUGAGAGGACCAUCGGAAGACUGUUUUCAGCCAAAGUAGGGCGACGGCGGACCUGUGGGGAGACCCCUGGCCCGCGAUUGUCCGUCGCACAUGAGGAGGAAGAGAAGAGAAGAUAGGGGGAGCGGUCGUCGGCUGGAGCAUCUACAUGGAGACAGCUUUCCUUGGCUCCACCGGCCCCCAUAUUCCCCGAAAUCAUGACUUCAGGUCUUGAGGACGACAAGAGGUUGCGGGACCCGUCGAUGGAGGCAUGCAUCAUGGAGUCCUCUGCUCGAAAGCUGUUUGACUAUUAUCUGCCUGCUGCGUACAGGGUUGCUGGAGAAUGGCAACUUCGAGAGGGGGCCGAAGAAGGCGGACCUUAGGGGGACAGAGGUGAUCGGCCGGCGCGCCAUCCCUGGGUGGGAGAUCUCCGGCUUCGUGGAGUACAUCGAGGCCGGGCACAAGCAGGGCGACAUGCUGCUGGUGGUGCCGCAGGGCGCCUUUGCCGUGCGUCUGGGCAAUGAGGCUUCCAUCAGGCAGGCCAUCAAGGUGACCGCGGGCAUGUACUACUCCGUUACCUUCAGCGCCGCCCGGACAUGCGCGCAGGAGGAGAAGCUCAACGUCUCGGUGGAGAGCGACUCCGGGGUGCUGCCCAUCCAGACCACGUACAGCAGCAAUGGCUGGGACUCCUACGCCUGGGCCUUCAAGGCAUCCUCCGCGGUGGUCAACCUCCAGAUCCGCAACCCGGGCGUCGAGGAGGACCCAGCCUGCGGGCCCCUCAUUGACGCCGUCGCCAUCAAGGAGCUCUACCCUCCCCGGGCGACCAACAGUAAGCCCUCCCCCACUUCUCUACCUCUCGCUAGCUGGGACAGCUCCAUCUGAUCAGGCAGAUUCCUCCGUAGCUGUACAUUUUUUUAUUCUACUUAACAUAUUGGUAGUCAGCCUCCCCCUGACUGGUUUUAUGCAAUUGAACCAGAGAACCUGCUGAAGAAUGGCGACUUCGAGGAAGGCCCCUACGUCUUCCCCAACGCCCCCUGGGGCGUCCUCCUGCCGCCCAUCAUCGAGGACGACCACAGCCCCCUCCCCGGCUGGAUCGUGGAGUCCCUCAAGGCCGUGAAAUACGUCGACGCCGCCCACUUCUCUGUGCCGCAGGGCCAGCGCGCCAUCGAGCUGGUGGCCGGCCGCGAGAGUGUCAUCGUCCAGGUCGUCCGCACCAUCCCCGGCAAGGAGUACGUCCUCACCUUCUCCGUCGGCGACGCCAACAACACCUGCCAGGGUUCGAUGGUGGUCGAAGCCUUCGCCGACCGGUUCGCCGGCAAGGUCCCCUACGAGUCCCAGGGCAAGGGAGGCUUCAAGCGCGCCCGCGUCAAGUUCACCGCCUCCGGCACUCGGUCGCGCAUCAUGUUCUUCAGCACCUUCUACCACACGAGAAGCGACGACUUGAGCUCGCUCUGCGGGCCAGUCGUCGACGACGUGCAGCUGCUCUCCGUCCGCCGGCGCCACCGCCUCCUCUGA